CGUCCAAGUUCGUCAUAUAGCGUGCGAGUAUCUGAGAAUUCGAUGAAUCGUUGUCGACGAUAUAACCAAGAGAAAAGAUCGUGACAGGUGUGUAAGGCUGAAAAGAGUGAACAGCGCGCUUGCGUGUAGAACAAUGGAUAUUGUUGAAAGAAUGUGUCGUCUACCGUAUACCGAUACUGUCUGAAUGCGUCGUUCGUCCGUUCGAAGAUGGCGAAGUCGAAAGCGAAGUCGUCUGUCGUCUGUCGCUAAGCGCGAGCGGCGAGCGGGUGAAGGAGCAAUCCAAAUCCAACCUGGACCAAAAUCCCGAAACAAUUGGGCAGGGCGACAGUACAGUAUCAGACUGAACCCUUCUGGCCGUUCUAGGCGUGUCGUCGGGUUGGACAAGACGGUCGCACAGGUCGGGGAGGUUGUCGCACUGAGUGGUCGUCUCAGAUUAGAAUUGAAACCACAGAGACGCGACGCAGUAACGGUAGCAGUGUGGACCGUGAGAAGUGACAGGCGGGAGGUGAAGCGAGAGGACGAGGAGAAACGACCGGCACCACUCGAUGUGAAAAGGGGGUAUCGGCAGUGUAGUACGUUCCCUCUUGAGGCCAAGAACGAAGCGAACCCGGGACCGCGGAACCUGGGAAGGCGAAGAAAAAAAAUGAAGAUGGGAAAAGAUAGGAUUUGCGCCUCGCUGGUGUGGGACGGGAAGGGUCAACAGGCAUCCAACUGAAGGGAACCCCCAACAAUGCGGGUGAGUGGUGCGGUGGACUUUUAGUGCGCCUUCGAAUGACCCGCUUGUUCCUGGUCGUCUUCCACAACCCCGGCUCUGCU